AGAGAGAGAGAGGUUUUCACAAAGUGUUUGGCAAAGUCCCUCUCAGUCCUGCACAGCCUCUCAAGAGGAGGGACUAGUUCUCACUGAUCAGGACACUUGUUCGACAUUUCUCUGUGGAGUGUGCUGGUUUGGCACCAGCGUGAAUACUUAUACAAAGACUACAUUCAUGGACAUAUUCUUCCCUUUUUUACAUUUUCCUCUCUGGACCCAUUACUUGAUGGAGAAAGAACCCUAAAUUCUGCCUCUGCAGUAACAUACAGUAUUUAACAUGCAGUGUAUCCAGUGUUGAGUCAAUAUUGACUGUUGUUUGGCUGAUCAGCUGCUCUUUGACAUGAGCUCUGCGCUGGGAUACCUUUGAUUAUGCUGAGGUAGACUUGUGUGUCAGCUCUUUUCUGCGUGUGUGUGACCUGCGUGCGUGACCAUGAGUGGAUUGUGUGUGUUCCUCUUGGCGUGCGUCCUGCCGCUAUCCCUCGCCUCGCCAGGCAGGCAGGACCCGUUCCUCUGGCUGUCCGCCCUGCGUGGCCGUGGUUAUGUCGAGGGCUCCCUAUUGGCUGACACCACCGGAGGGGAGUGUCCUGCGGAGUGUGACUGCCCGCCCUCCUUCCCCAUCGCUAUGUACUGUGACGGGCGUGGCUUGACAGCCAUGCCCAAUGUGCCUUCCAGGAUGAAGUAUCUAUACCUGCAGCACAAUGAGAUCUCCGCCAUGCCAGACUCUGCCCUGGCCAACGCCACCAACCUUGUCUGGGUCAUGAUGCAUCACAACGCGCUGUCUACGGACAAAAUCGGCAAGAGGGUGUUUGCCAAGCUGCAGGGGUUGGAGCGUCUGUACCUUCAACAUAAUAACCUGACUCGUGUUCCCCCCAACCUGCCACGCUCACUACGGGACCUCAGACUCAACAACAACAACAUCAACAAGAUAACACCAGCGGCCCUUGAUGGCAUGGACAACCUGACCAUCCUGUAUCUCCAUGAUAACGCUCUGACAGAGAUGGGCACGUCUCUGAGGGGUUUGAACUCACUCACUCUGCUUGAUGCCAGCGGCAACAAGCUGAAGAAGGUACCAGAUAGUCUCCCAGAGCGCCUCCACCAGCUGUACCUGGAGUCAAACGCCAUCAGUACUGUCCCAGAGGGUUUCCUCAGUAAGUUCUCCCAGCUGCAAUACAUCCGCAUGGCCCACAACCAGCUGACCGACAAUGGCAUCCCCCCCAACACCUUCAACGUGUCUGGCCUGGUGGAGCUGGACCUCAGCUUCAACCAGCUGGAGAGGAUCCCCCCCGUCAGCCAGACGCUUGAGCACCUCUACCUGCAGGCCAACCACAUCAAAGAGUUUACCCUGGGGAGUUUCUGUGAUGUCGUGGACGUAAUGAACUUCUCCAAGCUGAGGACACUGCGUCUGGAGGGGAAUGAGAUCAGCACCGGGGAUAUCCCCUCGGAGUCGGCCCUCUGUCUGCGUCUGGCUAACACCAUUGAUGUGUAAUGCACCAAUCUCACCACCGGGCGGUAGCAUCAACUCACCAUCAGAGCAUAGUGCAGCAGUCCUUAUUUUAGCAUAACAUUCAAUUCCCCAAUCUCACCAAGAAGGGGCAGUAAAGGGCUGUAAAGGCACAAAGGCCCAGGUGCUCCAAGUUUAUCUGUUGUUUUAUCUCUUAUCAUUCAAAAGGACAUUAUGAUAGAUCUCCAUAUCAGGUCAUUUUUCUUUCUCUAAGGUUUAGAAACGUAGAUCAUUCAAAGCAUGUUGAAAGUGCUUCCUCCAAAGUCAACUCUGGAGGAAAGAUAACUUUAUAUAAGCUACGUGAAUAUUGUAAACUUCUGUGGUGAUGAUUUCAAAGCCACAUUUUUUGGUGUGUGUGAGUGUGCACGCUCACAUUUCUAAUAGGA